AUGACGUACAAAUUCAGCUGUUGCGAUGAUGGGUCCGGAACUACUGUUGGUUCAGUGGUGCAAUUUGAUAACGUGACUCUGUUAAUCGAUCCUGGCUGGAAUCCAUCUAAAGUAUCGUAUGAGCAAUGUAUCAAAUACUGGGAAAAGGUGAUACCCGAAGUCGAUGUAAUAAUAUUAUCGCAGCCGACGACUGAAUGUUUAGGUGCUCACUCUCUGUUGUACUAUAAUUUUGUCUCUCACUUCAUAUCGAGAAUACAGGUUUACGCUACUCUUCCUGUUAUCAAUCUGGGAAGGGUUUCCACCAUAGAUUCAUAUGCAUCAGCGGGUGUCAUAGGUCCAUAUGACACAAAUAAACUUGAUCUUGAGGAUAUCGAUAAAUCUUUUGACCAUAUAGUUCCUUUGAAAUACUCGCAAUUGGUAGAUCUGCGAUCAAGAUACGAUGGGCUGACUUUAUUAGCAUACAAUGCUGGUGUGUGCCCAGGUGGUUCUAUUUGGUGCAUCAGCACAUAUUCUGAAAAAUUGAUCUAUGCCAAGAGAUGGAACCACACCAGAGAUAAUAUACUAAAUGCUGCUUCCAUAUUGGAUUCCGCCGGGAAACCUUUGUCAACUUUGAUGAGACCUUCUGCAAUAAUUACUACCUUGGACAAGUUUGGUUCCUCUCAACCUUUCAAAAAACGGUCGAAAAGUUUUAAAGACACAUUAAAGAGAGGUUUAAGUUCAGAUGGGUCUGUUAUAAUACCGGUAGAUAUGAGUGGGAAGUUUCUGGACUUAUUCACGCAGGUCCAUGAGUUAUUAUUUGAAAGCACGAAGAUUAAUGCACAUACACAGGUGCCUGUACUUAUCGUGUCAUAUGCGAGAGGGAGAACUUUAACAUAUGCUAAAUCCAUGCUUGAAUGGCUAUCUCCAUCGUUGCUUAAAACAUGGGAAAAUAGAAAUAAUACCUCACCGUUUGAAAUUGGAUCACGAAUCAAAAUAAUAUCACCGAAUGAAUUGAAUAAAUACGCUGGUACCAAGAUUUGCUUCGUGUCAGAGGUGGAGGCCUUGAUUAACGAAGUUUUGACUAAAGUGGGUAAUUCUGAAAAAACAACCUUGAUAUUGACUAAACCAAACUUUGAAUCUGCAUCAUCUUUGGACAAAAUAUUAGAACUUUUAAAGCAAAAGGAAAGCAAUCGGAAGUCUUCAUUUAAGGAAGGUAAACCGUUCAUUUGCGAUAACUACAUAUCAAUAGACACUAUAAAGGAAGAACCUUUGAAGAAAGAAGAAUUAGAGGCGUUUAAAGUACAAUUAAAAGAAAAAAAGCAAAACAGAAAUAAGAGAAUUUUACUAGUGCAAAGGGAAUCUAAAAAGCUGGCCAAUGGCGGCGCAAUCAUAGAUGAUACCAAGGCGGAUAGGUCGAUAAACGGUCAAGACAUAUUAGCAGACAAUAUUAAUGACGAAUCAGUCACUGAUAAUAUCAUAGGAGAAGACGAAGAUGAAGAAGAGGAAGAGAAUGAUAAUUUACUAAGCUUACUUAAGGAUAAUUCCGAAAAAUCAUCGAUGAAGAAAAACAUCGAAGUUCCUGUGGAUAUCAUAAUACAACCAAGUGCAACUUUAAAGCAUAAAAUGUUUCCGUUCAAUCCAAUCAAGGUUAAGAAGGAUGAUUACGGAUCCGUUGUAGAUUUCACGAUGUUUAUACCCGAUGAUGUAGACAAUAUUAAUCAAAAUAGCAGGAAGAGGCCAAUCAAGGAUGAUAGCAGAAGCGCGAACUCUGUAGGCGAAGAAGAAGACAAAAACGAGGACGAAGACGGUUAUAAUGUAGGGGAUCCAGUAAGCAAAAAGAGAAAACAUCGCACUUCUCGUACUUCUCGUUAUUCAGGAUUUACUGCUGCAGAAGGGUCCGAAAACUUUGAUAAUUUAGACUAUCUAAAGAUAGAAAAAACUCUUUCUAAAAGAACGAUUUCGACGGCAAAUAUUCAAUUGAAAUGUUCCGUAGUGGUCUUAAAUUUGCAAAGUUUAGUUGAUCAAAGAUCUGCAUCCAUUAUAUGGCCGUCACUAAGAUCCAGAAAAAUGGUGCUUUCAGCACCUAAACAAGUACAAAAUGAAGAAGUAAUGGCUAAACUCACCAACAAAAAUAUCGAAGUGGUCAACAUGCCAUUGAAUAAAAUAGUAGAAUUUAACACAACCAUAAAGGCUCUCGAAAUCUCCAUAGAUUCUGAGCUUGACAAUCUUCUAAAGUGGCAGCGCAUUAGUGAUAGUUACACGGUGGCCACAGUUGUUGGCAGACUAGUUAAGGAGAGCCUUCCACAAGUUAACAAUCACCAAAGAACGGCUUCUAGAAAUAAACUAGUUUUGAAGCCAUUAAAAGGUUCAUCGAGAAUUCAUAAGACAGGCGCGUUAUCUAUUGGUGACGUUAGGUUAGUACAGCUGAAGAAACAGCUAACAGACAAAAACUACAUAGCAGAAUUUAAAGGUGAAGGUACACUGGUCAUAGAUGGAAAAGUUGCGGUACGUAAGAUUAAUGAUGCAGAAACCAUUAUCGAUGGUACGCCAUCUGAACUUUUUGAUACUGUUAAGAAGUUAGUUACAGAUAUGCUAGCAAAAAUUUAG